CGUGCUCAGAGAGAAAGAGGGAGGAAGCGCGAGAGCGCUUAUAGAAUGCAGUGAUGUCAUCAGCCACUCAUACACACACACACACUUGCAGAGUCUCAGCUUAGUUAGCAUACUCUGCUGUGGAGCGGCUGCUUACAUCCCACUAGUUUGUCAACGAUGAUCUGAGAAGAGCUGACCUCAAUUUGGGAGGGGGGUCACUGUGUGUGUGUGUGUGUGAGAGAGAGAGAGAGAGAGACAGAGAGUGUGUGAGUGUGUGUUUGUAUGUAAACAAAGAAGAAUGGCCUCAAACCUUCAAAAGAUGGGUCAAUCAAGCACCUUCCGAGACAGUCAAGAACCAGCGCCGGUCCUGUUGUGAUGCCAUGAGACUGUAGUUCAACACUGUCCAGGAAACCACUACCUCUGCACCAGCACUUCAUUUGACUCCUGAUUUGCCGUCCACGUGCCUGCCAUCAUGCUACAGCAGAUCUUGAAGGACAUGUACAUCGACCCGGAUGUGCUGGACGCACUAAAUGAGGAUCAGAAAAAGACUCUGUUCCAGAAAAUGAGGCAGGAGCAGGUGCGGCGCUGGAAAGAGCGCGAGGAAAAGUUGGAGAAGGAAGGGGGAGAUGCUGAGCUCAAACGGGCCAAGCCAAAAAAAGCCAACAGCAAGAAUGUGAGCUGGCUUCCCGGUCGGGACGGGGACGUGGCGGUCGUUGUGAUCGGGGAGGUGGACGAACUGAGCUCCAAAUUCAUCUGUGCGGGAUUAGGAGAGAAAAAAGGGCCUAGUCUUCAGAACAGCACAAACCAUCGGACCAUCUUGAAGAGCAAAGAAGGAGCGAAAACAGAGCGACAGAUCCUUCCUCCAAAAACUCAAGCAGGUGUCUCAUUGAGUUUGAAGGGGAAAUCUGAAGAGACGAGUGCCUUAGUCCCUCUGCUGGUGUCAGCAAGCGAGCGUCCAUCCUCAGCGACUGAGAAGCCGGAACUGCAGGCCGUGGAAGAAAAGUCCGUUCCUCAGACCUCCAUCUGCUCCCGGCCUCCCAUGAGAACCGGUCAUGUCAACGUAAGACCGGCUUCUGCGAAUGUGGCGCCAGGCUCUGUCAACACGAGACCCGGCGUUGCAAAUCUGAGGCUGGCCUCUGCUGCUGCUGCACCUCCAUCAUCCAGCAGCGACGUCAAGACAGACUCCGGGCCAGCGACGUCAGCUGCCAAAGGUGACUCUCAGGCGGCCGAGACUCAGACGCGGAACCAAAUGCUGGAGAAAGAUGUUACACCAACUCUCCAGAAGGCCAACUCCGAGGACGCGGGGACGGCGCCGACCCCUGCGGGACGAGGGAGGGUGGCGCAGCUCAUGAAAACCUUCAGCACUGAUAGCACUACACCUCCCGCAAAGACUCCCGCUCGCGGCAUCAAACCCCCACUGCCCUCCAAGCCCGGCCACUUGCGCGUGACAACCUCGCCAACAGUCAGGUAAUUCCGCUACACUGGUGCAACGGCAAUCUGGGACAAAAGCUGGACUCUUACAGUGGCAGUCCAGCCUGUGACGUCAUGGGAAGGGUUGCCGCCUGUCGCCAAAGCACAGCAGGGGAUAUGCUUGAAUGUAUCAUUGUGUUAUUUGUUGACUGCGCCAGUACUGUAAACAUCAUGCGGCAAGACUCCAAAGUAAAGACUCUUUUAUAUUGAAGAUACUUUUCUAAACCCUUACUUUGUUUUCAAAGGAAAUAAAAGCAUUAACAUUGAAUUAAUCAUAACUUGAGACAAGUCCUCAUGUGGUGAAACUUUGAAUAAUAUCUGCUGGACCAAGCAUUUCCAAAAUUAAUAAAAAUGGUGGAAACAAAUUGGAGGAAAAGCGACGUUUAUGUACAAGUCAGGAGGUUAAAAAUAAAUUUAUAUGUGGCCUUAUUUGGGGUGUAUUUUACCAGGCACCAACUGUCCUUCCGCCAUUCUCACCUUGACAUAAGUCCAGCUAUUAAUAAGUCAUUCCCACGCCACACUGUUCCAACUAGUGCUUAGAUUCCAGUCAAACUUUAAAAGUUUGAAGCAGUCUGGACCAGGGGCUCGCAUGCAACCAAACCCCCCCAGCAGGGAGCAGCUUUGAGUUUGAGUCUCCUCUUCAGUUCCAAGCAAGUUAAAUCAAAGUUUCACCAUCAGGAUACACCUAAAGGUCUUUCCCACUCCGGGGACAUUUUUAAUGUGCAAUCAAUUCACACAUCAAUUUUCAUCUGCUCUCCGGUUUCAAUGAUGGAUAUCUUCACGCUCAGUUUUGCCCUCGCAAAAUUGAGCUGUUAGUUCUCUAUCGAAGACGGUUUAUUUAUGUGUGGAGGAAUAAUAAUUUGUGACGCGACAUCCUGUUGUUCCGAUCGAUAAGGGAGCCGUGUUUGUUUAGACAGCCGCCCGUCUUUUUAUAAGAAGAUAUAAAAAGCUGUGGACGCUGCGAACGUGAGGACGAAGCAGAGCCAAACAGCUGGAUAUGAAGACAGUCGCUUUAAAACAUGUCUGAAGUCAGUCGUCGUUCUGGACGGAUGACCCCGAUCCAACCCGUUUGACUCUUAUCAUGGGGAUCAGUGUAAAUAGAUUUAUGUUUUGUGCCAAGCGUUUAAGGUUUUCGCCCAACGUUGCUCUACCACUGUAAAUGCCUAUGAAGUUAGCCAGAAUUGGCCAAAAAGCAUGGUUUAUCUUUUAACAAAAAUGAGGUACAGUUGUGUCGGCCAUCAAACUGUCUUCACCGUCAUGCUGCUUAUUUCAUGUAUUAUAUCUCACCCGCCCACCUGCUUGCAACAUGAAACUAUUAUGAACCAAUGACACGUGCCAAACGCUUCGCCUAGCUGAGGUUUGUUGCCAAAUAAUUCCACUUUGCUCUUUCUUAUUGCUCUUUUUUUACGUGUUCUCAGUGCUGGUUUAUGGACCUGUGGUUGACCAUCAUGUCUUUUGUUUUUACAUUUCUAUAUGGAAAAUAGCGUUUUGUAUUGGGACUAUUCUUGUAAAUCUUAAAGACAGGUGUAUCUUUGAUGUCAUACUCUGGUGCAAUCAAAGAAACAUGAAAUAAAAAUACCUUGAUAGUU